GUCUGUAGGUGUCUAUCUUUCUCUCCCCCUCUCUGUCUUCCCUUCCUCUCUCCAUUUCUCUCUGUCCUAUCCAACAUCAAUAACAACAAUAACUACAACAAUAAAACAAGAACAACAAAAGGGAAUAAAUAUAAAUAAGUAAAUAAUAUAAUAAUCAACCCAUAUCUGUGACCUUGGGAGAACUGCAGUUUCCAAUGGAGGGAAUAGGGACACAGAAUUCUGGUGGUGGGAACAGUGAGGAAUUAUAUCCCUGCUACCUCAUAAUUUUAUAAAUAUGAAAUCACUAAUAAGGAAUUAAAAAAUACAUAAACAAAAAAAACUAUCUCUACAAAGGAAGUCAGAGAACCAGAGCACACCAGAUCCCUGGGCAGGGGCAUGCUGACACAAGCAGAAAGGAAUUAGUAUGCAUCGACUCCUCCCCACCCCCACUGCAUGACCCAGUGAUGGCUCAGAACCCGCAGACUUAGCGGAGCUUGGAGGCGCCCUGCGCGCAGGUGUCCACGUGGAUCUCCGCGAGCUUGGCCACAACCGCAGUGCGGGAACCGUGGGGCGGCAGCCAGGGGGAUGAGGGUCACCACCGAAGGGCAGCGUCCACUCGGCCAGCUCUGCAGCCAGAACCUCUGCGGUAGAAAGGUGGGAAUCGCCCGUCUAACCCUAGUAGCUCUGAUGUGUAGCUGUUCCUCUCACUGACCUCCGCACCCAAUCCUAUAGGAAACAACUAUUCAAAGAGUAAACUACAGGAACCGCCCUCUUGAUAGUCACACAGGUAAGAACAAGUGACAAUGCCAGGAUAUUAUCUGCAUAUAAAAAAAGAAACAAGAAUGCUGGGGGCUAUACAAAUAAUGAAUGGUCUCUUUCUUUCGUCCCUGGGGCAACUCUGGAUCUAUCUGUUUGUUACACAAAUGUAUGCAAUUGGAAAGAACUAUCCUCAUAUUGUCAUCUCAACGGGAUACCCAUUUUGGUCCUCUAUGCUGUUCAUCCUAUCAGGAAUCUUCACCGUAUUGCUAGAGAAGUGGCGUUUGAAAGUGCUGGUACCAGCAGAAGUGCAGCCUUUCCUGCCCAUGGAAGAGCCAUCAUCACCUCAGUGGAGAGGGGACGCUGAGAGGCAAAUGAAGAUCUGCAUUUCAUUCAGAAGGCUUCUCAGAAAGAAUGCAUUUUAAUUAAGUCCAUCUCUGUAUUUCCUUCCCCCCAGUUCAUGAAUAAAGAACUAAACUGAUA